AAUGUUGACCUUUAUAUCCACAGCGCUUGCAGCUCUGAGGGUUUUUUAAACUGAGAUAAGCGUGGAGAGAGAGAGAGAGAGAGAGAGAGUCAUAUGACAGGGAUGAGGGGUGUGCUCACACUACCAAAACACUUUCUCCUACGUCUAAAAUGAGGUUUCAGAAAGACCGCCGAAGACUUUGUUACCUGCUGACUUUAUCACCUCGUGACUUCACGAGAACUUCAAUGCCUGAGAGAAAGAAUCUCCAAAGGAUUUAACACGAUGAUUACAUCUUGUGAUGAAUCACAUGUAGAAGGGAAAGGUAAAAACCAUCUGGACAGUAAUGGACCCGUUGGGAAGUUUAAGGGAAUGAAGUACAGCGUUUCUACGGGGAAUAACAACAUCUGUCGGCCCGUCGCACCUGUGACCUCACCUGAGUCUGCCUGUGCGCGCAUCUCGCUGCCAGGUGUGAUGGACGCUGAGGGGCGAGUGGACGAAUCCAGACUCAGGUUGCAUAUAUUUAAAAACGGUGGUGUGUCACCUGACGAACGGGGUCAGGUAUGGCGCUUUCUGUUUGGGAUGUACCCCUGCAGCUCUACAGCUCUGGAGCGCCAUCUACUGCUGGAGCAGAUGGCGGUGCGCUAUCAGGUCAUGAAGAGGAAGUGGCAACAGCUGCUUCCUGGAGCUGUUCGUCUGCGUCUUAAUGGCACUGAUGCUGAACUGUUGACAGCAGUCAAGUUUUUUGACCAGAGGCAGGACAGAGAGCAGAAUCAGCAGCAGUAUCAGUCAGAAGAGGCCCGAGAGAAGAUAUCCUUUUUGCAACUGCAGGCUCAGGUGCUAUUUGAACGGGUAACCUUUGACCUGGAAGAGCUUCAGGAGGCCAUACGCAUCAUUGACAAAGAUGUUCCUCGAACCGACAGAGAUCUUCCCUACUACCGGAAUGAAGGAUUGGGUAAUCUGCUUGUGUUGAGAGAUAUCCUAAUCACAUAUGCUGCUUUUCACCCAGAAGUAAGUUACGCUCAGGGUAUGAAUGACCUAUGCAGUCGCUUUCUAGAGGUUCUCGACUCAGAAGUGGACACUUACUGGAGCUUCUCCUGCUACAUGGAGAAGUUUUCCAAAGACUUCCGUGCUGAUGGACUGUAUCGCAAAAUGGAAUUGGAAGCUGCUUUACUAAAAGAACUGGAUCCUCAACUACACUCUCAUCUGGUCACAGAUAACAUGGAAAGACUCACAUUUUGUCACAGGUGGCUUCUGUUGGGUUUCCAGCGGGAGUUUGAGCACAGCGAUGCUCUGCGUCUGUUUGAGAUUCUCAGCUGUGAUCACCUGGAGCUCAUCUCACAGCAGGUGGAUCGUGCUCGAUAUCAGGAGAGACUGGCGCGCAAACACAGCCUGGAGGAGGAACCUGUGAAGGAACUACAUGCUGUAAACACAGACUUCACCUUUGAACUCUUCAUGUGUGCCACCAUCUUGCUGGAGAACAGAGACACUUUACUCAGCUGCAGGAAUGAGGUUCAGCUCAUACAGUUUACCAGCAGUCUGCAGGGCAAGCUUGACCUGAACAGUACCCUGAAAAAAGCUGAGGAACAAUUUUACAACUACUGCAAACGCUCAUCCUGGGACUAUUUGAGCGGCCUCUGUCGCACACGCAAGAGCAAAGAGGACCAUUUCUUAUAUCAACUCCGUAACCUUUUUUCCUGAGAAGGCCUGCUUGGGAUUUUUCAGGAAACAAUCUUCUUGACAGAAACUCAUGGACAAACUUUAUCCUCCAGUGGGAUUUUGGGAAUCCAGUGGGAAUUUUACUCCAAAGAAGGAUGCUGCUUUUAACCAGAGUUUUGUACAGGAACAAGAUGGACUCCUUCCAAACAGUUCCUUCAGUAUUUGAUCUUAGUUUAUAAGGCUUUUAUUAUUGUGCCAGAGUUACAGCAAAACACUAAUUUAACCAAUCUAAGAUAAUCAAAUAAGACUUUUAUUUAACCAAUAACCCUGACCAUGCUUGAAAAUAUAAGUAGCAUUCUGGAAUAUAGCAGAUUAUUGAUAGUACUGAAGACUUGAUUAAGCGUAUUAAGUAUGCAACAUCAAAAUUCGCUUUAUUUUGAACAGGAUUUUGUAGUGCGCAAUGACUGGAAAAACGCAGAAAACCGAGAUCCUUACUGCUGAUCUGAGACCUGACCUGUGAAUAUUAUUCAGUCUUAGAAAAAUAGUACUUGCGUAUUUUACAGCACAAUAUAAUAAUAGAAACAUGGGCUCAGUUCUGAGAAGCUCUAGAAGACCCUCUGUGGUGUUGUCUUACCAAUCGUAGAGUGCUCAAGUAUGUACUGAUCAGAAAUAGCACAUUGAACCAGGACACCCUUCACUCUGAGACCACGCUGCAUGGGUUUUUAUUAUGUAAGAGACAGAAAAUAUAAGUGUACAUUUGGAGAUAUGGAAUAUUGCACAUAACAUUUGGUUAUUUAUUGAGAAUUGACACACUAUUCAGGGGGAGUGCUGUUAACAUUGUUUUCUAAGAUAAUUAAAUGACUGACCAACACAUUUUGGGGAACGGGUGCUGUAAUUUUGAUGCUGCCCACUGAUGUUUGGAUUAAAUUUUGAAGUUUGCACAUCAUGUUUAUUAAUAUUUUAAUUAAUGUAGCAAUAAUAUAAAGACACUGCAAUGUUAAACAGAAUGAAUGAAUCUAGCUAUGUAUUUUCGGUGAGAAGUGUCAUUCAUGAACCCGUGUGUGUGUGUGUGUGUGUGUGUGUGUGUGUGUGUGUGUGUGUGUGUGUGUGUGUGUGUGUGUGUGAUACUGAGAGUGAGUGUUUUAUUUUAAGAUUACUAUGUGACAUUUAAGCUGUCAGUUUCUAGUGAGUCACUUCAUAAAGAAUAGACUCAUGCUUGGUAGCCAUUAAAUAUUCUUGUGAAAUAAAGUGUGGUGAUUUGAA